CGAAGAAGUGACUGGGGCUGGCGCUGGCGGCAAUGCAGUGCUUAUUGCUGGAGCGUGGGUCGAUACGGUGAUCGAUGCUGGAGCAGGGGGCGGGACGGGCUAUCAGUGCCGACGCGACGGCCGAUGCGCUGACCGGCGCAGAUGCGGGUUACGCUGCGCUGAUUGGCGCUGACGUAGGGAGCGCAGGCGGCUGUGAGGCUGAGGGGCUGAGGGGCUGCGGACAUCCCAGUGGGGGCCAGCAAGGAGGCGAGGUUGCCCCGAACAUGGAGAUUGACCAUGGAGGCGGUACUGAGUAUGCAGAGCGUCUGCACCCUGCAGAGAGGAGCCACGGGCUCGAGCAGGGGGGACUUCGGGAGGACGUUUGGUUAACGGAAUUUGUCACUGACGGAUUUGCUGGAGCCGUUUUUAGAGGCCUAUUCGGUGGAAAAGCAGUUGCGGUGAAAACGCUCGACAUGAGCCGAUCGACGUCCAGAUUGGGGUACCUGCUCAACGAGGCCACGGUUCUGAUGGAGCUUAGCCCUCUGUGGGACGUGACAGUGCCCCGGCUGCUGGCUUAUGGCCCGUACACUGAUUCCACGUAUGCUGUGAUUCUGUCCUGGAUCGAGGGUCGACCUCUGAUGGUUCACGACAAAGGGCUUCUAAGAAGUGCGGCUGAAGCGCUCCGGUCGGUUCAUCGGCGUGGUUACCUCCACGGAGAUGUACGGUUGUCCAACUUCAUCGUUGAUGGUCAGAACAAAGUCUCUUGCAUCGACUUUGGCUUUGCGCAAAAGUCCUUAGAUGACCAGGCUUUUAGGAAGGAGGAGCGGCAACUAAAAGCCUGCUUUGGAAAGGAAUAGGAACCGUUAUGCAGACAGACAUGCAUCUCGUGCGAUAAACACGCGAUACUAUGCUGAACCAACUUGGAGAACCUGAAAUGGGCAAACGUUAGUUGGAGAAGACUUUUGCAGACUACGUUCUUCAAAUUGUCUGUCUAGCGCUAGCUUGAUGCGUUGAUGUAUAGCCCGUACUGAAUCAAUCAGCAUAUUUGCGC